AAAAACGCUCCAGAAAAAUCCAACAAAAUGUCUGUACGGGAUCAAAUUAAAAUCGAUAUUGAAUGGGGCCAUGAACGUUUGGUGCGGGCCCAACAAGUGGUUGAAAUGCGUCCCUAUGAUAUUGAAUCAUGGUCUACACUGCUACGGGAGGCCCAACUGCGUCCGGUCAAUGAAGUGCGAAGCUUAUAUGAGUCUUUGGUAAAUGUUUUUCCCACCACUGCCCGUUACUGGAAAAUCUACAUUGAACAAGAAAUGAAGGGUCGGAACUUUGAAAGAGUGGAGAAAUUGUUUCAACGUUCAUUGGUUAAGAUUUUAAACAUUGAUUUGUGGAAGCUCUACUUGACCUAUGUCAAGGAGACGAAGGCGGGAUUGAGUACACACAAAGAAAAAUUGGCCCAGGCUUAUGAUUUUGCUUUGGAAAAAAUUGGCAUGGAUUUACAUUCCUUUUCCAUAUGGCAAGAUUACAUAUCGUUUUUACGUAGUGUGGAGGCGGUGGGCAGUUAUGCAGAGAAUCAAAAAAUCACAGCUGUCCGAAGGGUUUAUCAAAAGGCUGUUGUAACACCCAUUGUGGGUAUUGAACAAUUGUGGAAGGACUAUAUCCAGUUUGAACAUGGCAUAAAUCCUAUUAUUUCGGAAAAGAUGAGCUUGGAGAGAUCGAAGGAUUAUAUGAAUGCUCGCCGUGUCGCCAAGGAAUUGGAGAACAUAACAAAAGGUCUGAAUCGUAAUCUACCUGCCGUACCACCGAAUUUAUCUAAAGAAGAAACCAAACAAGUUGAGCUGUGGAAAAAAUUCAUUGCCUUUGAGAAAUCAAAUCCUUUGCGUACCGAAGAUACAGCUCUUAUAACACGUCGUGUUAUGUUUGCCACAGAGCAAUGUUUGCUGGUGCUGACCCAUCAUCCAGCUGUUUGGCAUCAGGCGGCACAAUUUUUAGAUCAAAGCUCUAAGGCUUUAACUGAUAAAGGAGAUACCCAAGCUGCUAAAAUCUUUGCUGAUGAAUGUGCCAAUAUUUUGGAGCGUUCCAUUAAUGGCGUGUUGAAUAAAAAUGCAUUGUUGUAUUUUGCCUAUGCCGAUUUUGAGGAAGGACGCAUGAAAUAUGAUAAGGUUCAUGCCAUGUAUAAUAGUUACCUAGCCAUUCCAGAUAUUGAUCCAACAUUGGCCUAUGUCCAGUACAUGAAAUUUGCCCGCCGUGCCGAAGGCAUUAAAUCGGCACGUGCGGUCUUCAAGAAGGCCCGUGAAGAUGUACGUUCGCGUUAUCAUGUCUUUGUGGCUGCAGCUCUCAUGGAAUACUAUUGUUCCAAGGAUAAAGAUAUUGCAUUUCGUAUUUUCGAAUUGGGUUUGAAACGUUUCGGUGGUAGUCCCGAAUAUGUUAUGUGUUACAUUGAUUAUCUGUCGCAUUUAAAUGAGGAUAAUAAUACUCGGGUGUUAUUUGAACGGGUACUAUCCUCGGGUGGCCUGACCCCACAACACAGUGUAAAUAUAUGGAAUCGUUUCUUGGAAUUUGAAUCGAAUAUUGGUGAUCUAUCGAGUAUUGUUAAGGUGGAGCGGCGACGAAGUGCCGUGUUGGAGAAUUUAAAAGAAUAUGAAGGCAAGGAAACGGCCCAAUUGGUAGAUCGUUAUAAGUUUUUGGAUUUAUAUCCCUGUACCACAAUAGAAUUAAGAUCCAUUGGUUAUACAGAGAAUGUGGGUAUAACCCUAAAUAAGCUGCCAACGGCCGCUGUUCCAGGUGCCCCUGCAGUCAAAGAGGAGCCUGAAACUGAACCUGCUGUGCAAUUACCCAAACCUGAUUUUUCACAAUUUAUACCCUUCAAACCCAAGGCAAAUGCCUAUCCUGGGGCUCAUCCCCUGGCUGGAGGUGUUUUCCCCCAACCACCGGCAUUGGCUGCCUUAUGUGCAACACUGCCGCCUCCCAUUUGUUUUAGGGGUCCCUUUGUGUCCAUUGAAAUGUUAUUCGAUAUUUUCAAUCGUAUCAAGCUUACGGAUGCUCCCCCACUACCCUCUGGCGAUCCUGGUUGUGAUACGAAAAUCUUUGAUUUGGCCAAAUCUGUACACUGGAUUGUCGAUGAAAGUGUUUGUUCGGGUGAUGCCACGGUAGGCAUUAAGCGGAGGCGAAUGCUGCCCGGCGGCGAUGAUAGUGAUGAGGAGACCCCCACUGCUGCCCCACCGGUUAAUGACAUAUAUCGCCUAAGGCAACAGAAACGUUUUUCCAAGGUGUAA